AUGGAUUCCUUCACCACCAUCGCCUCCUUCACCAACCAACCCUCCGUUGAGGUUCCCUCCGACCUCGAGACCGGUGGUGGUUCUGGCAACGGCGCUUACUGCGUCAUCGCCUAA